AUGUGUCUCCCUUUCUGAACGUGGCAGCAGUUUCUCUAACACAAUAAGGAAGAGACCUCAUCAAAACAACUGCACGUUAUAGUCCAGGAAUCUUUCGGUAACAAAUGGCCCCCAAAACCGUGAAAAAGGUCAUUAAAGACACGCUGGCCAACCUUUCAAAGGAGAACUUUGACGAUUUCUGCGACCAGCUUGUGGACCGCAGAGAGGAGCCGCAGGUCAAACGCAACCGGGUGGAGGGAAAAAGCUUCUUAGUGGUCGCAGAUGUCUUGGUUUCAACUUUCACCGAGGAGAGAGCUCCUGGAGUGGUCGAAGACUUACUGAGAGAGAUCGACUGCCACAAGGAUGCGGACAAACUGGUCAAAGAGAUCGCUGGACUGGAUUCAAAACCUGGUUCCAGUGACACUGCCGGUCCCUCAGCUGGAGCAACUGGUGUGAAUACCAUGGCAGAAGGUGACCGCUCAGGGGAACACUUUGUGGAUAAAUAUAGAGCCCUGCUGAUCGAUAGAGUGAGCGACAUUGAGGCCAUUUUGGAUGAGCUCCUCGACCAAAAAGUCAUCACACUGGGGAAUUAUGAUGAAAUCUUGGCCAUCCCUACCUCUAGGGGUAGGAUGAGGAAGCUCUACUCUGGUCCCCUGAAUUCUGCUGGACACGACGGCAAAGAAGUCUUCUACAAACUCCUUGAGGAAAAGGAAAAACUUCUUAUUGCUGAGCUUAAGAAAAAGAAGUGAAUCUUGUGGUGAAUAACAUUUUUAGACCAAAUAUAUAGUCUUACUGAGCCCAUUUUUUAUACGAUAACAAUGGGGGAAUUUUAAUGUUAAUGCUAUGUCCCUCAGGGGGUUUUCUAAAAAAAAAUAGCUUUUUCAGCUCUAUGCUUAAACAUCUGUUUCCCCUUAAUUUUAUGUUGAAAUAAAUUGAAAUCUGAGUGAGGUGUGGUGCCUCCUCUACCUGAUCAGUGAGGCUCAGGAUGAGAUGAGUUUUCCUUCAAGGUUCAAAACCAGAUUCAGUAAAUGUUUAUCAGACAAUCGUAAGAAAUGAUUAGAGGUUCUCACCAGACAUGUAAUGUUUUUAUCCAACAAAGAACAAAUGGAAUGAAAGUCUGUUUUUAUCCUAAUUAUCUGAUGUUAAUUAAAACACGCUUGAUCAUGAAUGAUUAUCCAUAACUUUUGCAUGUAAAGCAGGUACCUCUCAUAUAUGCUAAAAGAUUAAGAGCAAGAGUUUUUUAAUCACUCUUUUUCUGCCCUAUAAGAAUAACUUUACUUUCGGAGGGUCUUUUGAAAAACGUUCUAUUUGUAAAUUUAUAUCAAUUUAUAAUAAAGUCUUCUGA